UCGGAGAGCCUUGCACGCCGGGCAGCGGCCCCACCGUCGCGCUCCCCGUCCAUCUCCUGGCCAUGCCAACGCUGGACGCGGUGCUCUGACUGCGGGGCCCCCAACCCUCGGCCCCGAGCUCCCGGGCCUUCCCAAGGACUGUCCUUGCUCAUCUGGCAGCCCUGUGAUCCCCGGGUUCCUUCAGCUACAGGUCUCCGCCCUGCAUCGCCAACGGCCAUGAGGUCCCGGCUACUGCUUCCCGUGGCCCACCUGCCCACGAUUCGGGAGACCCUGGAGGAGAUGCUGCCCGGGGGGCCCGGGCAGGAGCCCCUGGCCUCCCCCAGCCUGAAUGACUACGUGAAGUCCAUUUGUCAGCUGGCCCAGCCCACUUCAGUGCUGGACGUGGCCACAGCCAGGGCCCAGCCCAGCAGCAGCCCUCGGCCAGCCCGGACCUUCCAGAAGAGCUGCCCUACUGAGUCCCUACGGGACAUUACUACCCGCUUCAGUGGUCAGCAGCCGGCACCACCCGGGGACGGCACUGCUGACCCCCUGGACUGGCUCUUUGGGGAGUCCCAGGAAAAGCGGCCGAGUAGGAGGGACCCGCCAAGGAGGACUGGCUUCUCUGCUGACUCCUGGGGUCUACACAGACAGAUGGACAGUGGCAAGGCCCGAGGGACCCCCAGAGGGAGACUCUGGGAUGCCAGGGUGCAGGGGCACUCUCCAGUGAGACCCUCAAGGGACUGGCACCAGGGCUCCGGGGCUUCCAGGCAACUCUGUGGGGCCACGGCCUCCCCCCUAGCACCCCGCCCCAGCAGCACCCUCAGAACUCUCUAUUUGCACCUCCCAGUGAUCCAUGAACUCUAACCCCUCCCCAAUAAAGGCUUCUGUACAGAGUAUGCUGGUCUGUGUCACCUCCCCACCCU